AUGAAUUUCCUACCCUUGAAGGAAGAACUUGGGGAUCUGGGCAGCAAGUAUCUGCUGGUUGUUUCUCGAGUCAUGUUCAAUGACCCUGAAGGAACUCCCCCACUGCCAAAAUCGCCAGAUUUUGGGAAAUGCUUAUGCUUUGAUCGAAGCACUGAAGCUCACAGCAUGCUUUAUGAGCUAAUCGGAAAAACCUUGAUUGGAUUUGGUAUGUCCGUCAACCUGAGCCUGAGACGAAGGUGA